AUGGCUGCUGCACAAUCCUCAGAAAUGCAUCUUGUUACAGCCAAUGUUGGAGAGACAGUGACUUUGCACUGCUUCUAUAGAGGCAACAUGGCACGGUACUUUAUGUGGUACAAGCAAACAAUGGGUGACAAUCCUCAACUUUUAUCAGUCUUUUACAAGUAUAACAAGAAUGCAACAUUUUUCCAUGAAUUUAAGGGUAACACUCGCUUCUCAGUGCAAAGCGGUGAAGGAAUUAAUCACUUAAAGAUCUCAGACAUGCAGCUCUCUGAUUCAGCCACAUAUUACUGUGGGAACUCUUAUGCCAACCAGGUGGAGUUUGGAGCAGGAGUCAUUCUCAUUGUGAAAGGGUCCAGAAGCAUGACUGUGCUCCAGCAGCCUGUGUCUGAGUCAGUCCAGCCAGGAGACUCUGUGUCUCUGAACUGUACAAUACACACUGAGACCUGUGUAGGAGAACACAGUGUCUAUUGGUUCAGACAUGGCUCAGGAGAAUCCCAUCCAGGAAUCAUUUACACCCAUGGAGACAGGAGUGAUCAGUGUGAGAAGAGCCCUGAGGCUGGGUCUCCUACACAGAUCUGUGUCUACAACCUCCCCAAGAGGAACCUCAGCCUCUCUGAUGCUGGGACUUACUACUGUGCUCUGGCCUCAUGUGGGGAGAUACUGCUUGGGAACGGGACCAAGCUGGACAUUCAAGAUGAACCAGAGAAAGUGUCUGCAGUGCAGAGGAUCAGUCGCUCUGACGACAUGUCCAGCAGUCCCUUCUACGGCUGCAGAGUCCAGCCAGGAGACUCUGUGACUCUGGACAAUGUGAAGAAGAUUGUCGCAACGGAAUAA